AUGAGGAUAAAUGACAGGCUCCUCUUUUAUAGAAGGAAUACAUUUAUUCUUAAUUUUUUUAAAAAAAUUCAUUCUGAACGUAAACAUGAACACACCAUCCCUUUAUAUGAAAGGAAUAGUAGAUGUAAAUAUAAAAAAGCCAAGUUACUAAAAAGAUUUAAAAUACAAAUAUCACAUUUAAAAAAAAAUGAAGAUAAAGAUCAUUCGUUUUUAAUAAAUACAUCUAUAAAUUCGAAAAUAUGUUAUGACAAGUCAUUAUUAUUACAAAGAAGUAUUAAUAUAGAGAAUCAUACUAAUAAUGUGCUAGACCAUAAAGAGAAAGAUGAACUUAUUUUUCAUGAUUAUGAUGAUGAUAAUAACAAAGAUAUACAUUACACACAAAAAAGUCAAAACUACUUAAAUUGUAACGAUGAAAAGGUUAUCUCAAAUAAUAAUCUAAGAAAUGAAGAAAUGCAAAAAAAGAAAAAAAAAUAUAUUUUAUCGAUAUUAAAUGACGUGCCUUUAUCAUUCAUACAUUUUAAGAAAAUAUACUUUUUAUUGUUGAAUAAUGAUAAGGAUAUAUAUGAUUUAUUAAAAUAUAUGAAAAAUAAAAAUUUCUUAAAAUUAUGUAUCUUUAUGAAUAAAAAGAAACGUCGUAGUUAUGUAAUGGAGAAAGAGUUUUUGACGAGGAUAAAUCAUACGAUCGAAUAUUUAAAGAACGAAUCAACCCUAAAGGAAAAUCAUAAUAAAACAAACAUAAAUUGUAUUAAUAAUAAUAAUAAUACAAACAACAUAAAUUGUAUUAAUAAUAAUAAUAAUACAAACAACAUAAUUUAUAUUAAUAAUAAUACAAACAACAUAAAUUGUAUUAAUAAUAAUAAUACAAACAACAUAAAUUAUAUUAAUAAUAAUACUUGUAAUAAUAAUCAUUAUCCUAUUGAUUCUAAUGCAUAUAAUAAAAACAUUAGUUCGAAGGAUCAAAACGCCAAUGUAUUUUUUAAUUAUUACAAUAUUAUAUAUAUUCUAGAAUAUAUUCAUUAUAUAGGACUUCAUAAUUUAAGUGGGAAAAAAUACAAAAAUAAUAAUAUAAUCAAAAAAAAUAAAAUAAUAAAUAAUAAUAAUAUAAUAAAUAAUAAUAAUAAUAAUAAUAGAUGGGACUAUACAUACUUACAUAAUAUUUAUAACAACAUCCUAUGUCUUAUUUUAGAAAAAAACAUUUUAGAUGUCAAACAAGUUAUGAACAUUCUACAUAUAAAUGAUAAAUAUUUAUAUUUUAAUAAAUAUUUUUUUGAGUAUGUAGAUAUGUCUUUUUCUUCAACCUUUUUUAGUUAUAAUGAACAUGAAAUAACAUACAUUCUAAAAUAUCUAAGUAAAAUUCUUUUUUCAUUAUCUCUUCAUAAAUUUAAUAUCGACAAUAAUUUAUAUACAAACAGGUUAUUGAAACGUUAUAUUUGUAAAAGUAUUAUAUUCUUGGAUAGUUAUAAAGAAGAAUCAUAUUAUAGUGACAUUUAUCACGCUAAUAAUAAUAUAUAUAAUUUAAAUAAUUCAUGUGAUAAGAAUCAAGAAAAAAAUAAAUAUAAUACAAAUCAACAAAACGUUAACAACAUUGUAGAGAAUAUAUCUAUCAACAUAGAUGAUUUUAAAAAAAUAAUCAAGGGUAGUACCUUGUUAAAUGUUUUAAACAAUGAGUUACACAAAUGUUUACAUGAAUAUAAAUAUUAUAACAUUAUAGACAUAUUUGAUUUUUAUACUGUAUUUGAAAUACACAAUAAAAAUAUGAUAAAAAGAUUUAUUAAUGAAAUAAAUAAAUUUGUUAAUAUUAUGAAAUAUGGAUAUCAAGCAAAAAUAUUAAUAUUAUUUGUGUUGAAUAAAAAAUAUUUACAACUAGAAAAUAUGAAAACUAUUAGAAGAUUAAUACGAAGGAUACCAUAUAUAUUAAAUUUUCAGUGGCCUAUAGAAUUUAUUAUCGAAACAACGAUUGCAUGUUUUAUAUUCCCUUUAUAUAAAGAUAAAAUAUUUAGAGAUUUAUUUUUAUAUAUGAAAAAUAAUAUUAAAAAAUGUAUUCAUCCAAUCUUCCUAAUAAAUUUAUUGAAAUGGUAUAGUAUAAUAACAAAUUCUUCAUUAUCAUAUGGAUUAUCCAAAAAUAAUAAUUAUGAUAAUAAUCAUAUAAAUAAUUAUUAUGAUAAUAUUCAUAUAAAUAAUAACUAUGAUCAUAAUAAUAAUCAUCAUUAUAAUGAUGAUAGGGACAAUUUGUACAUAUCAACUAUCAUUAAUCCAUAUAAUAAUAUAUACAUGUCAUGUACAUCAACAACAUAUAAAAAUAACAAAAUCAAUUUUAUUAUAUUUCACCAAAUUAUAAAUUAUUUUAAAAAAAACAUAGAUAAUGUUGACAUAUGUUAUGUUAUACACAUGCUUAAACAUUUAUGUGCUCUUAAUUAUAAAGAUGAAUCAUUUUUCUUUUUUUUCCUACAACAUAAAAAUACCUUCCAUAAAAUUUUUGAAAUAUCGAAUAAACAAGAUUUAGUUACAUUAUUCCAUAUUUUAUAUCAUUACAAACAUUUUUUACAGAACAAAAAUAAUAUAUACAUAAAUAACAAUAUUUACGUACAAUCAAAUCUCUUCAUCUUUUAUAUCGAAUAUGUUCUCUUUUUAAUUUUAAAAAAAGUUACCAAGACACCUGCCCAAAAUUAUGAUAAUAAUCAUAUGGAAAACAAAAAGAAUUAUAUAAUAAAUAAAAACGUCAUUAACAAAAUUGAACAAUGUCAUCAAAAUAAUAUCAUACAAUUAAAUUCAAAUGAAAUAUCUCAACAAAUUAUAUAUGAUAAAUCAUCUCAAAUAUAUUCAAAUGAUAAAUAUGUAAAAACAACAAAAUAUUCUAACCAAUUUAAUAUUAUGAUUUUGAAAGAUAAUAUUUGUAACCCUGAAGAGGAAACGACCUGCACCAGUCAUGUCAAAAUGUAUGCAAAUGGAGAUAAAGAAGAAGAUGAUAAAGAAGAAGAUGGUAAAGAUGAAGAUGGUAAAGAUGAAGAUGGUAAAGAUGAAGAUGGUAAAGAAAAAGAUGGUAAAGAUGAAGAUGGUAAAGAAAAAGAUGAUAAAGAUGAAGAUGGUAAAGAUGAAGAUGGUAAAGAUGAAGAUGGUAAAGAAGAAGAUGAUAAAGAUGAUAAAGAUGAUAAAGAUGAUAAAGAUGAUAAAGAUGAUAAAGAUGAAGAAAAAAACACAAAAAAAAAAAUUUUGAAUAUAUCUCUCCAUUCUUAUAAUAAACCCUUCAAUACCUUUAUGAAUAUUGAUACAUUUAUUUAUUUUUUAAAAGGUUUUAUAAAUUUAAAAAUUAACAAUAUUGAUGCUUUAUAUUAUUCUCUACAAUAUAUUAAUUCUACAAAUAAAAAGUUAUUUGAUUAUAAUCAUAUGGUUAUUCUUUUUCAAUUUUUUUCUGAACAGUUCAUAACAUUUUUGCCAUUAUUAAAAAAAAAAAAAAAAACAGAAAAAACGAAUUGGCUAGUUCAAAAAUUUUAUUAUGAUAUAUAUGAAAUUACCAAAAAUAAUAUAAGUAAGAUGUGUGAUUUUUAUAUACCUCAUUGUACAUUUUCGGUUUUAAGUAUUUUAUUUAUAGAAACAAUAAUUUUAAAUAAUCAAAGUAAUAUAAUAGAAAUCGAAAUUUUGCAAGUUAUAGAAAAUAUAUUAAUAAUGUUUUGUAAUAAAAUGAGAGGAAGUACAAAAUUGGUAGUAGAACAAGGAGAAGACAAAAAAUGUGAUUCACAAUUAUUACAUAUAAUAUCAUGUAUAUUACAAAAAUUAUAUAUAAAGAUGAAUAAAAGAUUACCACAUGAAUUACAUACAUUCUGUACUCAUGUACAAAAGCAUUAUGAAAUAAGAGAAAAUGUAAAGGAUAUUGAAAAAAGACAUGUACACGAAUUUAUUUCUUUUUUUUCAAAUAUUUUAAAAAGUAAAAAAAUUAAUCAUAUAAUAAAUUAUCAACUCUAUCCAUAUAACCUGGACAUAGUAAUCAUUCCACAUGAUGAUAAUCAAAUUGUAAAUGGAACAUUACAAAAAACAAAAAUAAAACAUGAUGAAAAAGAACAACAAUGUAUUAAUACACAUGAUCAAUUGUGUAUUGAAAAUAAUAAAAAAACAAAAAGAAAAAAAGCCAUUUUUGUUAUUGAUAACAUGGAUAAUAUGUAUUUAAAAAAUGUUGAUAUAACAUCUUUUUUUCAUAAUUAUUUUGUAAAUAAUGAAAAUAUAAAUGGUACAAUGAAAGAUACAUUUUUACAAUAUUGUGAUAAAUAUAAUCAACAUAAUGAACACCAUAAAUAUCUUCAACAAGAUAAUCAUCUCCAUAAAGAAAAAAACUAUUUUGUUCAUAAUAAUCAACCAAAUACUUUUUUAAAAACAUACGAAUAUAUAAGAGAAUGGUAUGUAAUAAAUAAUCAUUACACCAUAUCUUAUAUAUCCAAGGAUAAAUGGGAACAAUAA